UGGGCAGUUGCUGCGAUUGCUCCGCUUACACGGCCGUCUUAUUUCGAUGCAAGGGGCGGGGGUGUCUAAAAGCAGAGACCUCUUCCUCCUUUUUUGCCUUAACCCUAAAUUGCAAAAUUUCCUUUGAGAUGGACCCGCAGCUGUCCCAAGUCCAGGUAGAGGAAGCAAUUUCUUGGGAUCUACAGGGGGACUGGUGUAGAAGAAGAUCCGUUUGGCCCAUCUCCAAGAAAGAUCCAGAAGCCCAUCGCUUUGGGAAAGAGGAACCGGUUGGCAUCCCCAUCCCUGGGGAGGUCAAGGUGGACAUCAGUGAGCGGCUCAAAGACAUUGAGGAGUACAGCAGGCAGAUGUUUCGUUCCGAUGCUCUUCCUUUGGGAGAACGUCCCUGGCAGACUCUGUUCCAGCUGGGAGAGGCUGCUCAGAGAUGGCUGAGACCACAGGACCGCACCAAAGGACAGAUUGUGGACGUGGUCAUCUUGGAGCAGUUUCUGCAUGUGCUUCCUUUGGGAAUGCAGGCUUGGGUGAGAGCCAGGAAGCCAAGUACCAGCCAGGAGGCAGCUCAACUGGCUGAAGUUUACCUGGAGCAAAAGUGUCCUAUGGCAUUCCAGGACAUAGCUAUUUACUUCUCAGAAGAAGAAUGGGACCUUCUAAAUGAGGAGCAAAGAAUAUUGUAUUACACCGUCAUGCAAGAAAAUUCUGAGAACAUAACCUAUUUAGAGCUUUUGAUUUCCAAACCAGAUCACAGUCUCCAACCUUACUGGGACGAAGAGGCACAGAGGGCCUUCAAAGGGAAAAACUCUAUUGUUGAAGGAGUUGUGAAUUGGGAGGACAUAACUGUGGUCGAAUUGCCACCCCAAUAUCCAUAUGACUGCCUGCAUAAUGGUGAACCUGACGUGAUCUUCCAGAUCGGAAGAGAUGGGAUCAUUCAAGAGUCUGAGGAAAGGAGUAAUCUGAGGCAUUCUUCUCCAGAAAACCUGACUACCAGAAAAAAAAAUCAUCAAGAAGAGUUUGGAGCAGAACAACUUCAGGAGCCAACGCAGUGGGAUGUGUUCUUUGAUCCCAAAAUUUCUGAACCAAUGGAGAUUAGAUCUAGAAGGCAGCAAGGGCUAUUCCUGGAACUCAUACAAGGUUCUAAGGGUGAUAAGAAAAUGCCCAGCAGUAGCUCCCAAGUAGGUUCUACUGUAUCAAAAAGAAACUAUCCCUGUUCUGAAUGUGGGAGAAGUUUUGAUCGCCGUUCCAACUUAAUUAAACAUCAGCGAAUCCACACAGGAGAAAAGCCUUACCCUUGUACUGAAUGUGGGAAAUGCUUUGACCAGCAGUCUAAUCUAAACGUCCAUCUAAGAGUUCACACUGGAGAGAAACCAUACGGUUGCCCCGAUUGCGGCAAAAGAUUUAGUAUCAAAUCACAUUUACAUGGACACUAUAGGAUACACACAGGGGAGAAGCCUUAUGAAUGUGAAGACUGUGGGAAGAGCUUCCGUGUGAAGUCUUCCCUAAAUAAGCACCAGCGAACCCAUACAGGAGCUGCUAAACUCUCCAAACCAUCUGAGAUCAAAUCAGAGGGUCCCCGGGCAACAUUGCCAGAAGUGACACGUGUUUAUUCAGCUCCCAAAUCAGAAAAAAUAAUUAAAAUUAUGAGUAGGAAGCCCCCUAUAGAAAUCACAGUGUCAAACAAGAAUUUUUCCUGUUCCGAGUGUGGGAAAGGUUUCGAUCGACCCUCACAUCUCAUCACGCACCAGAGGAUCCACACUGGGGAAAAGCCAUAUCCCUGUAUUCAGUGCGGGAAACGUUUUCAUCAGCAGUCUAACCUUAAUGUCCAUUUGCGUCUCCAUACUGGAGAGAAACCUUAUGGCUGUCCUGAAUGCGGCAAAAGAUUCAACAUCAAAUCCCACCUACAUGGACAUUACAGGAUCCACACAGGGGAGAAGCCAUUCGAGUGUGAAGACUGUGGGAAGAGCUUCCGGGUGAAGUCUUGUCUCAAUAAGCACCAGCAAGUUCAUACAGGAGAAAAGCCAUAUAAAUGUCUUUGAGGGGAAAAACUGCAAUUCUAAUCCACGUCAUUCUGGAGAGAAAGAUUACGAUGCUCUGAACUUGGGGGAAAGCAACUUUUUGCAAUAGAUGAGACAAACUUGAAAGAUUUCACACAGGAGAAAAUCCUUCUGUUUUCCUUCUGCAAGAAAUAAGCAUCUGAAAAAUCUACGGAGUCUUUGUGGGUGCUUAAUCUGUGGGAAAAUGUUCAGGAAGAUAGUUCUAGACCAUAGAUAGUGAUCAGGAAGGCCUGGAUUUGAGCACACAACUGAGACACUGAUCAUAGCAGCACAAAAACAGGCACUUUGUACAUGAUCCAUAGAAACAAGUGUCUACUAUCUAGACAAAUGCAGACUAUGCAGAGAGGCCUCAGAGACAGUCCAACACGUCGUGUCUAGAUACAACACAUAGAUGCAGGCAGAAACAGCACACUGAACAGCCCAGCAAGAUAACUGGCAUUGUGUACAGGAAUAUAUGCACAGUGUAUGGGCCACAACACGUCCCAAUGGGAGACUCUGUAUAAGAUCAUAGAAAAUAAUAGGAUCCUGUGGAACUUCCAGAUUGAGACGGAUAGGCAGGUACUAGCCAAUCAACCAGACAUCGUAGUAAUAGACAAGGACAGAAGACGGCAAUGGCGAUAGGUGUAUUGGUACCAAAUGACACCAACAUGUGGAAGGAGUAUAAGAAAUUGAAGAAGUUCCGGGAACUGAAGAAGGAAUUAGAAAAUAUGAGGAAAUGGUCCCAGUGGUGGGAGGAGUGCCUGUGGCUGUGACUCCUAUGCUAGAAUGAACAGCAGAACAACACCAGAGCUUUGUUCAAAAGAAUGCAGGGUUAGGAACAGUUAACCCUCAAACUCCCAGGCCUCUGGUAAAGGACCCGAGACUGAAGAAAACACAUAUCGCCAUAGGGGUGAGAAGGGAAUUUUUUAAAAUGUACACUAUAAUUCAUACGGUACAAGCUGUAAUAAUUCGAAAUGCAAGAAUUGAGAAACGUUUCCAUGAUUUUUUUUUUAUUUUUUUGGAGAAGGCUAUUGUUCAGUGAAUUCCCUAAGGAACAAAAGCAAAUGCUUCUAUGGGGGUCAGAGUGAAGCCAUGUGUGUUUGGAACUUAAAUGUCUUAAACUUAGAACAAAUUGAGAGCCAGUUUGAUGUAGUGGCUAAGGUGCUGGUCCCUCCUUCUCAACCCAACCAACCUCACAAGGUUAUUAGGGAGAAAAUAGGCAGAGAGGAAGGCAUGUUGGCAUAGCACAAAGUCCGGUGGUUUAUUUCACCUGGUGCAAUUUAGCCAAUAACCACACAGAGGUGGGUGGGAAUACAUUAAGAACUUUAUUUCUACACAGAAGAGCUCACACUUGGGAUUAGUGUUACAAAGCAAGUCCUUCUGCAUUCCCCUCACAACAGAUAUUUAUAUACGCUACAGAUUGCAUCCGUUUUGGAUUGGUUGGAGACAUUUGCUUCACCAUACCCCUUAACUUUUUUGGGUGGGUUCUUCCUUUUCUCUGGACAGAUAUCCUUAACAGCCUUAUGCGGGGGGAGGGGGAGAUGCCUGGUGACUAUGCUCAUUUUCCCCCCUAGAAAAUUCAUGCAGCUGCUUCUAGUGUAGGACAACUAGCUUACGGCUUUUAUUGUUUUUGCAAUGUAUAAAAUACCAAGAAAAAUAAAAACAGAGAAGGAAAAAGAGAGGGAAGGAAAAUAUGAGGUACAAAAGAAAGGAAAAACUGUUGACUUUCAACUCUUUAGCACAGUACGAAAUAACAUUACAGCCUCAACUUUUUACUUUUACACAUUAGUAUGCAAUUAGCCAUUUAUGUAGCAAAUCUACCUAAUUGGCAAAGCUACUUGCAGACCCUUUGCCAUAUGGAGGAUCUUGUGGGGCGAUUCUAGGACUCUCUUUAACCCAAGAAGUCAUAUAAACUGAAGGAAUGCCAGUUCCUUCGGCUGGUAAAUUGAAAAAACUACAGGGGAAAACCUUUCAGGGAUCCUUCCCUGGGUGUGUCGUCAGUUGGCCAUUUUUUUCCAGUAGAAGUCAGUGUGUUGCAAUUAGGAAUAUUUGGUAUGUUAGUCCCUUUGAGAUAUUUAAAAAUAAUGAAGAUGGGAUAAAAAUAACUUUUUCAUUCAUGCCCCAAACUGAUGGAAAUUAACCUCCAGAGCCCUUAAGUCCUCUGCUGCUUAAAAUGCCUUUUUAGGAUUGGCUUGAAGGAAUUUACUAAACAAUAGUCAUUCCAUGUGAAGUAUUGAUGUCAUGCUGGCUGGUUUUGAUUUUCCUUGCAACAAGUGGCAUUGCCUUCCAAGAUAGGUAGUUCUGCACCUCAGUAUAACCUGAAACUAAGUAAUAGUUUUCUAAAAAAAAAAAUCUCAAUUGGGAAGAGAGAGUCUUCAGGUUUAAUUCUGUUUAUGGCUUCCUGCCCGUGCAUAGCUAUUUUACUGAAGCUUGUCUGAAAGUAACAUGAGAUGCUUCAGAAAAAAAACGUCCUUGAUCUCGUAGCUGUAAGGCAGAAGUUUUUUAAGGCUUGCCUUUCAAGGCCCGGUGGGAAUCAAAACGGAUUGGAUGAAAUAUGCAACAAGUUGGAAAAAUAAAAUUGCCAGAUAAGGAAUGUAGCUUUUAUUUCAUGAUACUGCUUUCUUCAGAAACAUCAGUUGAAAAAAGGAAAUGCUUCUCUUCCUCUUCCUGAGUUUUCAUUUCCGUUCUUCCAUUUAUACAUCCAGAUGACAGUGGAUGUUCACACAACAUAAAACAGGCUGGUUCACACAGCAUACCUGAGUCACAAAGACUAUGUUAUGUGAACUCAAAAACUGUAUUGAUUGUUUGAU